CUUCUCGCGUUGAUUGCGGGAAGUACUUCUGCGCAGUUCUUCGUUCUCUAUGGCAGGGAUACUGUCGUCUCCCGUAUUGACCCCAUUGUCUCUCCCGGAGGCAUUGGUAUGCAUGCUCACGAGUUUAUGGGUGCUGGCAACAUCAACCAAAACUCAGACUACGAUUCCCUCCAGAAGUCGACAUGCUCGAGUGUCGGACGUGCCAAUGGCAACCCCAUUAUCGAAGACAAGAGUGCUUACUGGCACCCUACACUCUACGUCAAGGCCAAUAACGGCACCUACCUCAGAGUUCCUACCAAUGGUCACCAGAUCUACUACAUCAAUGCCGGCACUGGCCAGAUGCGUGAGCCCUUCGAGUUCCCCAAGGGCUUCCGCAUGACAGCUGGAAACGCCUACAUCCGUGCCGCGCAAGAACACACUCCUACCAACAUGGAUGAUGUUACUCAGUGGAUUUGUCACGAAACUCCUUCGUGGAACCAAGGUGCUCAAGGUGGCUUUCCUAAUGGUGUCACGUCUUGCUCACAGUACCCUUACUUCAACGGUGCUAUCGAGUUCCCUCACUGCUGGAAUGGCAAGGACUUCAACCUCAACUCUCCCUACUCGCACGUUGCCUAUCCUGUUGGGGACAUCAGAAACGGUGCUUGCCCUAGCACUCACCCUAUCAGACUUCCUCAUAUCUUUAUGGAGAACAACUACGAUCUGUCAAGUCUUGAGGGAGAGUUUGAGGUCGACUCGUUUGUGUUGUCCAACGGAGAUUCUACCGGCUUCGGCUUCCACGCCGACUUUUUCAACGGCUGGCAAGAAGGCGUUCUGCCUAACCUACUCACUGGCUCCAGUGCCUGUGACUCUCACGAUGUCGGCGACUGCUCCGGCGUAACCUUUGACACGAGUAUGAAUUGGGCUCAGUGCACUACUACUAACAACUUCCCUGAAGAUCUCGAUGGCCCGCUCGCUGCCCUGCCUGGAUGCAAUCCUAUCACUACUGUCAACCCUGCUCCUCAGUGCAAAGCUUGUGCUGCCGGUGUGGUGGGUGGACAGUGCAACGCUGCCGCCACCGCCUCCAUGACUACCAGCACGAAGAAGGCGCCU